AAAUGCCGUGAAAGCUAGUUCUGACUGGUGCGGGCAGUGCGUCUGCGGCAAUGCGAUUUCAGCACAGGAAAUGACAUGACUAAGUUUUCUUCAAGCCGGCCUUAGAAUGAGUUCCCUGGUGAUCAAAGAGGAAAAGGCAGAAAUAAUGGUCGUUCCACACAAGCACUGUCAAAAGAGAAACAUGUUCUCAGAUCCCUGACGGAGAGACAUCCUGGAGAACAGCUUAAGGAAACAACACAAAAAUGCUUGCAAAGGGGCAGCAGAAACAAAAGGCAAAGUUAAAUGGGCAAAGCCUGACGAAGAUUACCCUGGAAUAUCUAAGGAACAAGUUGAAGCCAGCUCUGAACAAUCUACCUUUAAUAACAGGUUGAGGAUGGGAAAUACAACAGAAGUCAGAGAGGAGCAAAUAUACUGUUCCUCCUCUUUUUGACAAAGCAGAUCCCUGGAAAUCACACAGCUAUCAGCUUAACACCUGGAAAGGUGAUAGAAAAAAUGAGGCAAUGAAGGACAGCUGAAAACCACUGAUCUGUAGAACUGGAGGGGGAGAAGAAGACCUACAUACUCCUUCUGAAAUGUCCAUGAGGCAUAAGAAAAGCAAGGAUGUUGUCCAUAAGGAAGGGAUGCCCCAAACGCUGAGGUCUACCAGCAUGUUUACCCCAUGUGGCUUCAGCCCUCAUCUACAUACUUCAAAAGAAGACGAACAAGGAGGACUGAUCUUCCAGGAUGGAAACCUUACCUCAGCAUCUCUGGAUGCUCUAAUCCAGCAUCUUAUACCUACCACUGAUUACUACCCUGAAAAAGCCUAUAUCUUUACAUUCCUGCUGAGUUCCAGGCUCUUCAUCGAACCUCACGAGCUUCUGUCCCGAGUCUGUCACAAGUGCAUUGAGCAGCAGCGGCUGGACGACCCGGUGCUGGACAAGGCACGGAUCAGAAAAUUUGGACCCAAAAUCUUACAGUUGCUGACAGAGUGGACAGAAACAUUCCCAUAUGAUUUUCAGGAAGAGCGGAUGAUCGGCCAUCUGAAAGACAUGAUUCACAGGAUAGCCCCAUGUGAUGAGGCCUACUGGAAAAAAAUGAAUCAGCUUUUGCAAACCCUGAAUCAGAAGCUUGCAACCCUCAGCCAUGGGCAAGAAGGGAUUGUCAAGAUCAGUGCUGCUGUCUCCGAUAAGCUGGUUGCCUUUAAAAGCAAACCUCCAUCGAUCCAGAGAGAAAUCCUGAGUGUCUGCAGUGACCCCUACACUCUGGCUCAGCAGCUCACACAUGUGGAGUUGGAAAGGCUAAGUCACAUUGGACCUGAGGAAUUUGUGCAGGCGUUUGUACAUAAAGACCCUUUGGAUGGCACCAAGACUUGUUUCAGUGAACAGAAGAAGACAAGUAACCUUGAGGCCUAUGUGAAAUGGUUCAAUAGACUCUGCUAUCUUGUAGCAACAGAAAUUUGCAUGCCUGCAAAAAAGAAACAGCGAGCACAAGUCAUAGAGUUCUUCAUCGACGUCGCCCGAGAGUGUUUUAACAUAGGGAAUUUUAAUUCGCUGAUGGCAAUCAUCUCUGGAAUGAACAUGAGUCCAGUUUCCAGGCUAAAGAAGACUUGGUCAAAAGUGAAAACAGCCAAAUUUUUCAUUCUCGAGCACCAGAUGGACCCUACUGGUAACUUCUACAACUACAGGACGGCACUGCGGGGGGCUGCUCACCGAUCCCUCACUGCCCACAGCAACCGGGAGAAGAUUGUGAUCCCCUUUUUCAGCCUAUUGAUCAAAGACAUUUAUUUUUUGAAUGAAGGAUGUGCUAAUCGCCUUCCAAAUGGACAUGUCAACUUUGAAAAAUUUCUGGAACUGGCUAAGCAAGUAGGAGAAUUUAUAACCUGGAAGCAAGUGGAAUGUCCCUUUGAGCAGGACCCCAACAUCAUCCACUACUUGCAUACUGCUCCCAUUUUUACUGAGGAUGGUUUGUACCUGGCUUCCUAUGAAAGUGAAAGUCCAGAAAACCAGACUGAAAAAGACAGGUGGAAAUCCUUAAGAUCCACUAUUUUAGGAAAGACUUGAAGACUAAGAGGUUAUUGCAGUAGGUCAAGGAAAAAAAUCCGUAAACAUUUUGCACUACUGAUUCCAAAGAUGCCUGUUUGGGAUUUAGACAAUUUGUUUUGUUUGGGUUUUUGUUGGUUUUUUGACUGCCUAACAUGACGGAUGAACUGGAUUCAUCCACUGAAAUCAACAGAACUGUGUGCACAAUGAUGCUUUUCUAACUAUGAGACAGAGGAAGGACGGACUAUUUGUGGCUGUGCCCGAACUGCAUCAGGAUCACUGGAACGUUUGCCUCUGAAGGAAAACGUAAGAAAACCAGGAGCAUGGAGAACAAUGGUACUGCAAAAAAGAAUGAAAAAGUAUUUAAAAAAAAAAGAAAGCAAAAAAUAUACAUGCUUAUUUCAGAAGCAGGUGCUUCAGAUCUCUUUAAACCCUCUGAGGAUUAUAAAAUUAAAUCAGACAAAGCAGCAAUCUGGUUAAUUGCUGAAUGAAGAAAGAAGGACUUAAUCUUACAUCAGCAGUCUCCCAGCCUUGUUGAACAAUGCACUGACUGCAACAAGUAUAAGCUUCCAGCGGAUGAAGACUCAUCACUCGCUCAUAUAUAUGUAUAUAUAUAUAUAAAUAUAUACACACAUCGCAUAAAGAUCUCAUCAGCAUGGGAGAGUCGUACAAAUCCCAUGAAUUUUUACAGAAAACAAUUUGAAGUGUGACUAUUGCUUAGUUCUUCUUCCCACCACUGUUGUCGCUUUUCUUACUGUGAAUCUUGGCAGAUUUGAGGAGGGCAUAGAGUGCAGAUGGUAUUGCUUAAAGCCCCCCUACCACAUCUAAAGCUGAAGAAGAAAAUGGCUCCAGACUCUGCUCACCUCUAGUUAAUGUACGUAGUGUAUUCCCUAAUUUGGUUGACACUGAGAUAUGUGUUCUUUAGAGGGCUUUAUCACACUGAAAGAAAAAGAAAUUGCAUUAUCGUGUAAAAAAAUCUAUCAGGUUCCAGUUAAUAGUCCUGUUUAUCUUGCAGAAUGAUGCUAGAGGAUAGGAAUGGGGAGGUAAUAGCUCUAAAUUUGGGAACUACGUGGUAUGCUUUAAAAAAGACAAAGGGUAUAUCAUUCUAGACACCAAUGCACUAAGCUAAAGAAUUUGUCAUUCAUGAGCAGAUAAGCAUUUUUUUCUUUCUUAUUUUUAGUGUCUAAACCAUGUUCACCACUUCCUUACAGAUAAUAUGAUGUAGGGACUAUGUCUGUGUUUAUACUUGUACAAUGGUCGUGGUGCUAUCUUAACACAUAUAUUAAAUUACAAUGGACUAUGUGGAUAUUAGAUUCAAAACUAAGCCCUAACAGUAGACUAAUUGUUUAUAUGUGGGAGGACUGCUCCCACCUGCCGUAGAAAAGACUACCAAAAGCUUAAGUGAAACCUAAUGCCAUGCAAUACUAAACUCAGCAUUUUAUUAAUGACUUGAUGCUGGCCUUUCAGAUGUUUCAGUCUUUGUCUGCAAUAGAAGACACAACCCUUUCUUUGAAAUCAUUAAUAGCUUUAUUUCAAUAGAGAGUAAGUCCAAAUGACUGUAGUGUUUUGAAAAGUGAAGCUGUUGGGUUUUGAUCUGUGAAGGCCUGUGCAGUCUAGAUUAUGGCCACCAGGAAUAUACUGUUCUUGAACUUGUCAGUUCUGCCACUUGAGAUGAGCAGGACCACUUCUAGAUGUGCCUAUGUAGGGGCUUGAUGCAGAGCUUCCAUUCUCCUUUUCAUAUACGUCUACCAGAGCAUGAGUUCAAGCCAGGGGAACAUAGAAAUGUCAUCCAUUUACUCAAGCCUUUGUGUGGAAGAAUGGAGUGUAAGGAUGGGACGUCAUUGUUCCAGCCAAGGAGCAAAUAUUCUGGUGACAUUGUUCAUAUGCUGCUUGUUAAUUUUUGUACCUGAGCUGAGAGCUAUACAGAGAAAUGUACACACACAGCCAUUCCUUUAAGCAGAACCAUUUCCAAAAUGAUGCCAUUAAAAGCCUGUUAAAUUCUAACCAAAUCCAGAGCAAUAACCAUAAACAUAUCUAUAACAGUGCUAAGGCUUAUGUGUGUCAUCUUUUCUUGGUCUAUAUGGUCAUUUUUUCUCAGUGUCUACAUCUUUUUAACUGGCACAGUGUGACUUCAUGGUGGAAAUGGUUUUUUAUUUAUCUGAAAUACAAUGUAAGUAGAUGAACCCUUUCUUAAAAACUGCUUUUUAAAAUGUAAAUCCUCACUCCUUUUCUAAUGAGCCAAAGGAGGCUGGGACAGCUGAGACUGUAACACUCAGAACAUGAAUUCAAAUGUGAUUUCCCAUGAAAAUACUUUACAUUCUUUGGCACCUUCCAUGAAUUCAGACAAUUUUAUAAGUAUGAUUUAAAUUAGAUCUCAUAAAGUUUGUCACUGUUGCAAACUGAACUGCUUUCAUACUCCCAAACUCUCAGACCUCAAUGCUUAAAAUGGGAGCAUAAAGGUCAGAUUUACAGAGGUAUUAAGGGCAUAGUGGGACUUUCGAAAGCACCAAAUUAUCUUUAAGCCUUUAUGUAGUUAUACAUUUAAAUAGACUUUUUUCAGAGGUGCUGAACACCCUUACCUCUCUGUAUGCUGAGGCAAUCAUUGUUUUAUAGAGAUACAUGGCAUAUUGAUCCUUAGUAUUUGAUCUUCAGAGAUGAUGACUGCACCUUGCAAGAUGACUUGGAGAUGCGUGCACAAAACAGCUUAGAGUGAGAAGACAGUGCCUUCUAAAAUCGGGCUUUAGGAAUCGUGGCUUGUCUUUAUAUAAUUCAGUGGCCAAAAUCCCAUUGAUUUAAAUAGAAACAAGGUCAAGCCUUAAAUUACAGCUGUCAGUUUCAUUUGUAAUUCAUAUCUGGCCUAACUAGAGAGGACAACUCCAGAAGACAGGAGAGUGGUUAGAGCCUUGCUUCACUGGCAGGUUUAACAAAGUGAGAAUACAACUGGAAACAAAGGAUGACAAUCUAGGGAAUGGAUUUCUUCCAACAGUCUUGUAUUAACAUUAUACAAGAUACAAAGUGAGGAAAAAACCUCCAAUAAUUACCUUUUCUCUUGCUAGUAACAUGAAAAGAACUCUUAUCAUGUAUAAAAUAAAGCAGUAGCACUUAACAGCAAGCACUAGCCACUGUAAGGCAUGUAGUCAUUAGACUAACAUCUAGACAGCUUACUGAUGGUAAUGUCACGGCUUUCUAACUCCACUAUUUUCAGUGGAUUUGCCUCCUUGACAACUGCUUGAGCUAAUGCUACACAGAGAACAGAGUGAAAAUAGAGCUAUAGUUCUGCAGUGUAGUAUCAAAACCCUAAGCUAGUAAAAUGUGAAUAUGUAAUACAGAGCCUUUCAGAUGCAUUAACAUAACUUCUGUGCACAUGGCAAUAUUUAACAGAAAACCAAAUACCACUUCUUCUGCACCUCCUCUAGGGUGAUUAGAGGAGCUGCAAAAGCCAUGCUUUUUUAUUUCUUGAGGAUGCCAUUCUGCAGCAGGGGGCUAGAUCCAAAGCCCAGUGAAAAAUAAUGAAGAAACUCUUGUGCCUUCAGCUUGGGUUGAAGUUAGUAGAUGAACUCGCUCAAUGCCUUUCAAAAGAUGCAUAAUCUGAAAACCACGCUCUCAAUUUUACAUCAGCAUUAAUUGCAUGACCUAAUUAAAGGUGUUUGGACGGUUAAGCAUAGGUCUGCCAGGUGCGGCUUGACUGACUGCAGGCUGACCUCCAGAUCAGAUUUCUUUUCGUGCUGGCAAAAAUCCUUGAAAUGAGUCUAGCACACAAGAACCCCAUGUACCGGAGUACACUGAGAUUCGCUUAUCGUUAUCCCUUGCUUAAGCAGUAACACACUACUGUCAUAUGGCUGGCUGGGAGCUCCCUGCAUGGAUAGCGAACAUGCAGACCUGGGGGAGAACUGCACUCUCAACCGCUUCUGAGACUGCACUGUAACCAAGUGUGGACACAGCUGCUAAGGCACUUCAAACAACUUAAACGCUGAGGUAUUUUUCUCAACUUGAAAAUAUUUUAUUAUGUGAUCACUAGUGAUAAGAUAGUCACCCACUUGAAAUCAAGCCUGUCCAUUACUGAUACCCUGGUUACUUUAUCAUGUUUUCCUGCAAUGGUUUAUGCGCCUUUUAUUAAAGCAUGUGAGAACUGGUUUGCAUAUGACCAUAAAUCCAGUUUAGAACAGAGCUCAGAUUACUGAAUAUGUAAUUGCAGUUGUCAAAAAGAGUAUCUGUUGGUACAAAAGAUAUUGUUAGGCAUAUCAAUGUAAAAAUAUUACACAGUUAAUAUUAUCUGGCCUAACAAUGACUGUGUUCCACAGAGAGAGACUGACCUGAAGUAUAGUGACAUGCUAGAGCAAAGACUCCGACCGGUUUUGACAGGCUUUGGAGCAGUCCAGCAGCUAUUAACUGUAGAACAGUUAUUCAUAGGGAUUAAAUUACAUUGGCAACUGGUAUAGUCCUUGGCCUUUUUUUUUUUUUUUUUGAGCCAGGUGCAACUCUCAGAUGGGCAGGUGCGCUUCAUAGGGUGAAAAUUCAGCCUUGGCAAAAGUUUUCCUUAACAUUGUUGAAAUUUCAGCAGCAAACUGAAAGACUGCAUUUGGUCCUGUGAAUUAAAUCCCGUGUCUGAGAGCAGAAUUUGACCUUCAGAAGGUUUAAGAAUUUUUUUUCUUUUUUUAGCCUGGUAGAAAUUAGCCUUACUGUCUCAGGAGUGUCCUUCACUGGAAAUUAAACCACUCUGGAUUUUGAACUGAUUAGUUCCAUUGUAAUCACAGAAUGGAAUUAGGGGGUGACAAGGAAACAUGAAAAAGGCUCAAUUGGGAGUCCAAAACUUUCUUUUCUUCUGUCCUUUUUAGGGUUAUCUGUUGAGUGAAAUUACCUCAGUAGUUGAUGCAGGGCAUUACUGAAUGUGAAUGGGUAACAACAAGGACAUAUCUGGUGUCUGUAUGGCAGCAUUUAUACUAACAUGGUGAUACAGAGAUCAGAUGAUCCUGCACAAAGCUGAUAUGCAAAUUCAUAUCUGAGGCUGGUCCCUUAGGUUGCCUAAGCUGGGACACAUUGCUUUUGAAAGGCAGGAAGUUCCUGGAAGUUCACCUGAGGCAGAGCGUGCUUCCUCCUCCAUCCAACAGAAUAACUAUGAGAAAAUUCUUUGAACUAAAAGGGGUUCUUCCAGAGGACGUGAAACAGUGGAGACUUUUUUAGUUAGCUGACAGAGAUUGUAAGAUCUAAGCAGCAAGGAAAAAUAAGUACUUUAAAAAAUAUGAAAAAAUAUCUUGAUGGUUGUUAACUUUCAUAUUUCACAGCAUGGCAGCAGAAUGGAAAAAGAUACCUGUGCAUAUGCUAUUGUCAUUAAUACCAAUGGCAGCUAGGCAGACCAAGCCAGGAGAGAAUACAGUGAAAUACUGAUGCAGAAAGCUGUAUCAGUACUUUUGCUUUAGUGUUGUUUAGCGUAGAGAGCCAGUCCCCAAGCUAAGCAGAUAAGCCAGCAAGCAGGUUACCUUGUUUUUUUUUUUUUAUGGAACCGAUCUGGAGGUUAAUCCAUUUUGCAUUUCUUUCUUUUACUAUUCUUCUAAAAAUAGAGCUCUUAUCUAUUUUCAGAUAUGCAAAAAUACUGAAUACAGGAAGUUCAUGCUUGUAUAGUGCAUCACAUCUUGCAUUUUUAUUUAUUAUACAAGAUAUAUAUUAGAAGCUAAUAGCUUGUAUGAUUCAUGCACUCUACACAGGUGCAAGACACUGAAACUCAGGCCAUAACUUCAGUUACUGAAAAAAGCUGAGGAUGAGUAACUCCUGUCUAUACCCUCUGCCUUGCACUGUGGCCAGACUCAGACUGCAAUGCUGUAAAUGCAGAGUAGCUUAGACUGCAGUCUCUCCAUUUGAUGUCUUUCCUUCCACAAAGGUGGUAUUUUCCUCCAUAAACAGCUUUUGCAAAAUGCUAUAGGGACAUUUUUCAAGUUCUCUGCCACAUGCCCGCUCUAUAAUCAUACCCCAGAGUUGUCAGGAUAUAAUAUAAGGAGUCCUUUCCCUUUCAUCUCCGUGGCCCUCAAACUGCCGGCCCAGACUAAUAUUGCAAUAGAAUAAUGUUUCCAGGCCUUCUUGAAUGCAGAAGACUGUGAAGUUCAGAGAUCAGAACUCCUAUAAGUAAAAUAUUUGGACUGGAAACUCCCUCCUAAAAUAUGCACAGCCAUUUUAAUGGAUUUCUGUCCAGAAAAUUCCAGAGUCCAGGUACCUUCCAGAGAAAAAUGACUUCCUCAGUGAACUGUAACUGGUCAGUAUUACAUCACGGCUUUAAUGACUUAAUGAUGCUUCUAAAAUUCAGGGGUUUUGAAAUAACUGAGCAUAUGAUGGUUCCUUGAUGUUUGGCACACAGGUAAACACAGUUGAGAAAACUGGGGCUAUAGCCUGGACAGUUGACAUCAUAUGUAUUUCCAUAGCAGCCCAAGUUGGGCUAUCACCUACUGUAUGUAUACAAGCACACAGCUAUUAAAUUUAAGCAUUUCAAGAUAGGAUUCUUACGGAUGUGCAAUUAUUUCCCUUAGGAGUCAGUCUGUAAAAAGAAAUAAAAGUGCUAGUAUGCAACACUAAUGGAAAAUAAAUCAGCUUCUAGGUUUCAGAACUCUUGACUCUUACCAAGUAUUCAUCAGUUCAUAAAGGUGAGAAAUAAGAUUUUAAGAUUUUUUGCACUUUUAGCAAGUUCUGUGAAAUGUGACAGUACCAGCUGUCUUAUACGCAAACUCCAAAAAACAUAUUACUGAAACAUUUAUUCACAGACCUAAAAGCAUAGAGUAAAAAUGGAUAAGUAGCACUAUCCUUAUUUUCAGACAGAGAAAUACAGAGUUUGAGUGACAUGUCCCAGGUCACCUAGGGAGCAUGUACAUUCCAAAUAUAAACCCUAUAAUGUUAUCAAAAUUUUAGUUUUGCAUUUCUGCUGCUACAACUCCUUUUUACAACUGUGCUUACAAAAAUGGGAACUGAAUUAUAAGUGUAUUUUUAAACAUGAGUCAAGAUGAGAAAUAAAAGAAAUACAGAUUUAAAGACUAGUAGACACUGAUCAUGUGAGCCUUAGUAAUGAGGGGCUGUGCUUUUCCUGUAUCUUUUCCUUUAAAUUAAGCUAUUUUAUAUUAUGAAUAGCAUUGUCAGGACAAAUCGAAAUCACUACACCAUCCAUAAUACUGAAAACAUACAGCUUUUUUAAUUAGAAGUCCUCAAACAAAUACUGACACUUUAUUAAUUGCACAGGCAGAAAACAGUAAGGUUACUUGAAAGUGGCUAUUAUGAUUUUGUGACUGUACAUAGACCUUGCAAAAUGUUAAUGGUAAUAUGCAUACUGUACCCCACAUAAACACUGCAAGAAUAGCAUGGUCAUUGUUACGCUUUAUAGCUGUUGUGGAAAAUGUCUUAACCUGCAUUCAUGACUGUAGUGCCCAUCCUACUCCCAUGCCUUUUUAUACAGUUGUGGUAAGAUUGUUAUGAAAUCCUUUUGUCAGUCAUGUUUGAGCUAACUUACCUAUGUAUAGAAUUUAUAUAUUAAAAAACCUUAAUUUAUACUGUGUUUUAACAGUUUGCCUGAACUGUCUAUGGUUUCUAAAUUUUGUAAUGUGAGUGUCAAAUAAUAAUAAUAAUAAUAAUAAUAAUAAAAAGGCUCAGCAGUGUG